CAAAAGCCUAAAAAAACCAAAAAUGCUCUGACGUGUGGCAUUCAUGAAGUAACACUUGGAAUUCCAAAACAGCACCCAGAAACCAACGUCUUGCAUGGCUUUGCAGUCUUCUUGAAUUUUCAAUACUCACAAUUCUUUAUUCUACAAUCAUUGUUUCAAUAUUACUUUUCAAAUUCUUGAUAUUCAUAGUUCAUACAUUGUAGAGGAAAGAAGAAGUGACAGAGGGAAACUCUGCUGUAAGUAGCUUUUGCAUGUUAGAGGGGCUUUUAGAUGAACAUUGCAUUGGCUAGUGAUUUAAUCAAAAGAUAGAAAUUAUGGGUUCUGAGUUCCAUCUAUUUCUGUGCCGGGCUGAGACCAGGAGAACAUUAUGGCUAAUUGGAGGUGUGUUUGCAUUUAUCAUACUUGUUCAAUACUUACAACUUCCAUAUGGAACUCUUAUAGGAUCCCUAUUUUCUGGUGGAUUUUCUGGUUUAAAUUCCAAUAAUAAUACACAACUCAAUGUUACUGCGGGAUUUGAUGGUAAAAUCAAGAUAAAGGACUACAAUUUUUCGAUUGAGUCAAAUACGAGUGGUAAUCCUGAAGAUACAACUUUAAUUCAGCAGUCCACACAGCUUAAUGAUAGUUCUGGAGUGGAAUUGCUUAAACCAAACGGGACGUUGGCACCAGAUACGGCUAAGGAAAUUGGCUACGUAUUUAAUGGUAACAAUGAAAAUGUAGCCCCGAUGUUUGAAGAACAAAGCAAAGAUGAUAUUGUCCCUCUAGCCUCGAACGUUGCAUCAUCGCCAAUGAUUUCACCAGCUCCCUCUGUUUCACUUACACAAGUUAAUGAUAAUUUGACCACUGGGGGUAGUUCUCAUAAUCGCCAUGGUGCCACAACUACUCGGAAUGAUGAGGUAGCUGGGCUUGUACCUUUAAACUCGAAUGCUACAUCACAGCCCAUGAAUUCACCAGCUCCCUCUGUCUCACUUAGACAAGUUAAUGAUAAUUCGACCACUCUAGGUAGUUCUCAUAAUCCCUAUGGUGCCACAACUACCCGGAAUGAUGAAGUAGCUGGGGUCAUCCCUUUAAACUCGAAUGCUACAUCACAGCCGAUGAGUUCACCAGCUCCCUCUGUUUCACUUAGACAUGUUGGUGAUAAUUCUACUGCUCUGGCUAGUUCUCAUAAUCCCUAUGAUGUCACCACUACUCCAAGAAAUGGUUCCACUACGACCAACUCCCCGGCUGUGAAGGAAGCGACAGAUAGGCCAGUGGAAGGAGUAGUAUCAAUAUCUGAAAUGACUAAAAUGAUGCUCUGGAGUCAUCCCUCGAGCCUUCUAACGAAGCCAAUGUGGUCUUCAGCCAGUGAUGAAGGAUUGCGGAGUGCAAAGUCACAGAUCGAAAGUGCAGCCAACAUUAUCAGUGAUCCAGGACUACAUGCACCAGUUUAUCACAAUGUUUCAAAAUUUAAAAGGAGCUAUGAGUUAAUGGAACGGAAUCUCAAGGUUUACAUAUACAGGGAGGGAAAGAGACCAGUAUUCCAUCAACCAAGGCUCAAGGGCAUCUAUGCUUCAGAAGGUUGGUUCAUGCAGCAGUUAAAAGCAAGCCAGCAUUUCCUUACCAAUGACCCAAACAAAGCACACCUAUUUUACUUGCCCUUUAGUUCUCAAAUUUUGGGAGAAGUUGUGUAUGUGCGUGGUUCUCACAGUUUCACUAACCUAAAAGCCUAUUUGAAGAACUAUGUUGAUUUGAUCAAGGGAAGAUAUCCAUUCUGGAACAGAACACAAGGAGCUGACCAUUUUCUUGUUGCUUGCCACGACUGGGCCCCGGAAGAAACUAGGCGUGAGAUGGCCAAUUGCAUAAAGUCAUUUUGCAAUGCUGAUUUGAAAGAAGGAUUCAAGUUAGGAAAGGAUGCUUCUCUACCGGAAACAAAUAUUGGCUCAGCUGAUCCCUCGAGAAGCCUUGGAGGCAAACGUCCUAGUCAACGAGAAUUCCUUGCUUUCUUCGCAGGCAGUAUGCAUGGGUACGUCCGUCCUAUUCUUUUAAAGUACUGGCAAAACAAAGAUCCAAACAUGAAAAUCUUUGGGAAGAUGCGCAAGACUGACUACAUCCAGCACAUGAAGAGCAGUAGAUACUGCAUUUGUGCAAGAGGUUAUGAAGUCAACAGUCCACGAGUCGUGGAAGCUAUUUCCUACGAAUGUGUUCCCGUGAUCAUAUCUGACAACUUCGUACCACCAUUUUUGGAGACAUUGAACUGGGAGUCCUUUGCUGUUUUCGUUCAAGAGAAGGACAUUCCUAAUCUAAAGUCUAUACUCGAAUCGAUCCCACUAAGAAGAUAUUUGAAACUGUAUAACAAUGUGAAGAAGGUACAACAACAUUUCCUUUGGCAUCCUGAACCUGUAAAGUAUGACAUUUUCCACUUGAUACUUCAUUCUAUUUGGUACAAUAGAGUUUUCCAGAUUGCAUCCUAGUUUUGUUUUUGAUCAUCUUGUGGCUUUGGAAAGGAAAGCAGAGUACAUAAAUCUAAGCAUAUUAUUUUGAUUGAUUGCUAAGCAACUUGCUAUUAGAGUUUUUUGUAACAUUUAGUUAUGCAGGAAUUAUAAUGUUUAUGCAUGAGCAAUAAUGAAAGGUUGUCAUUUGGUGAUUAAUCUUCAA